AUGGCCCUCAAAUACGACCCUGAGUUUCAGGCCGUCCACGAUGCAUUUGCAAAAAUGUUCAAGCUUGAGCCUCUAUCUUUAGAUGAUAUCGAGGGCUCUGCCAGAAGACGUGAAACGUCCAUGCAAGCCUUCAUUCCAAAACCGGUAGCUCAUCCCGGCGUGGAGCAGACCACCCACCCAAUCGAUACUUCCGACGGCCACACCAUUACAGUCGUCAGCUUUAGAAAAAGGGACUCAAAAUCGAGCCCUGGACCAGCUCUUCUUCACUUUCACGGAGGAGGCAUGAUAAUGGGCUCAGCCGAAUCGGGAGCAAAGAUAUUGUCAGAACUGGUCAUGGAAACAUCUAUCCCUGUCUUCAGUGAUUUUAAUGUGAACCCGGCAAGAAUCGCCCUCCUUGGGUACAGCGGAGGUGGAGGUGUCGCUGCAGGCGUGGGUUUGAUCGCCCGUGACCAAGACCUACAGCCUCCUCUAGCCAAGCAGAUUCUAAUCUACCCGAUGCUCGAUGACCGCAAUCUAGUAGAGAAUGAAGUUCUGAAGCCCUUCGCUACCUGGUCGGCCGCAGAGAAUCGGGUAGGGUGGACGGGACUUCUUGGAGACCAAGCAGGGAACCCAGAUGCCCCUGUUUCGCAAUACGCAGCUCCCGCUAGGGCAACAAAUACAGCCAAUCUGCCACCGACCUAUCUUGACACUGGAGAUCUUGAUAUAUUCCGCGAUGAGGUCGUCACGUAUGCUGCGAGACUGCUUGCGCAGAACGUUCCUGUUGAGCUGCAUGUUUAUCCUGGCGUGCCUCAUGCGUUUGAGUUGAUCGCGCCUAAUAUCGAAGUCUCGAAAAGGGCUGUUGAGAACAGGCGGAGAGCCAUGAUGGACUUCUAG